UCAUAUUUCUACAAAACAACAACAUAUCUUAUUAAUUGUCUCUGUUCUCUUAUUCACACAGGGAGGAGGAAGAAAGAUGGUGUCGCGUCGGAAGUUUAUUCAGGUGGCCUCCAGUGACGACGAAGAGGACUUUGUAGCGGAGACGAGGUCUCAGGGACAGAACUCAAGGAGACCUGAGGACGACGAGACGCCUCCUGAGGGAGUGAAGCCCGAUGACGUGAAACCGGUUGGUGAGCCGGUUAAAGUUACGAGUAGAGGAAGAUGGAAAAGAACUCAUUACGGGCAGUUUGAGUACAAGGGUGACAGAUACAAGCUGGAGGAUACGGUGCUGUUGCGUUCAGAAGACAAUACUCAAAAGCCUUAUAUUGCCAUUAUCAAGGAUAUUACCCAAAAACAAGAUGGAAGGAUGAUGAUACUGGGACACUGGUUUUAUCGUCCAGAAGAAGCAAAGAAAAAGGAUGGUGGAAACUGGGAAGUAAAUGAUCCACGUGAACUGUUCUACAGUUUCCAUCGUAAUGAGUUCCCAGUAGAAUCUGUGAUGCAUAAAUGCGUGGUGAAUUUUGUUCCAGAUCAUAAGCAACUUCCAAAACGCAGAGAUAACCCUGGUUUUAUCGUGCAAAAGGUGUAUGAUACUGUGGAAAAGAAGCUGUGGAAUUUCACUGAUAAGGUUUAUGAUGAUGCAAAACAACAUGAAAUUGACCUCUUUGUGGAAAAGUCUGUGGCACGAUUGGGUGAUCUUCCUGACCUCGAACCUAAACUGUAUCAUUUUAUAUGAUAUUGGGGAGAGUUACGCCAACCGUUAACCAAUCAAAACUUUAAAAGUAUAAUCUUUUUUUUUUAAUAAU